GGACAAAGUGCAAUAGAGGCCCGAUAGAGGAGGCUAGUCGACUAAGCUUAGAUCAAGGCUUUGGAUCAUUAGACAACCAUAUACAAUCAUACUGCCGGAGGGUAUGAGUUCACCUGCAACUGAAUUGGUAGCUGUUGUGACAGGGGGCAAUGGAUUCCUCGGCCAGCACAUCAUCCAAGCAUUGAUGAAGCAUUGUGCAGAAAUAAGAGAGAUAAAAGUGUUCGACAAAAUGAUAUACAAAGAUAAACUGGAGCCUUUCAAACAAAGAAUGAUGAACAGCUGCAUCACUAAAUCUCACCAAUGCGUGUCACGGGGUGAUCCUCGUAUACUCUCAGUCGUAGGAGACAUCACAGAUUACGAGUCAGUGAGCGAGGCAUGUCGCGGGGCAGAUGUUGUCUUCCAUGUACUAUCAUUGGUUGAUGCCUCACUUAUUCCCGAUAGAGAUGCUUUGGAGAGGAUUAACGUUGAUGGUACACUUAAUGUUGUAAACGCCUGUUUGGAGCACAAUGUCCGACAAUUGAUAUAUACGUCAACUGUAGAUGUUGUUAUUGGAUACGAAGACAUCAUUAAUGGCACUGAGACGAACACGCGAUAUCCAGAUGAAUUCCUAUAUGAUUCGUAUGCAGAAACGAAAGCACACGCUGAAAAGAUAGUACUGGACGCCAAUGGAAAAGGUAGAUUGAACCAGUUGAAGACACUGUCGCUACGCCCGCCAGUCAUAUACGGUGAAGCUGACACACAUUUCAUAACCCAAAUGUUGCAUUCAGCUAAAUCCUUUGGCGGAACACUUAUACCAUUUGGAGAUGGAAAGACGAAGUGGCAGCAGGCAUACGUUGGAAACGUAGCAUGGGCUCAUAUAUGUGCGUAUAGGGCGGUAAAGAAUGAAUAUGAGAGAGAGUCUCACUCUGGGAUACUCGAAUCAUCGAUGACGUCACCUGAAAUCGUCUCAGGUACAUCAGAAUACCCCGAUAUCCUUAGGGGCCGUUAGAAACGUUGGAUAUCAGAACACCUUCUUUAGUAGCACGAAGGCAAAGUUGAGACUCGGUUAUACUCCGAUAUUUAGUUACGAUGAAUCGCUUCAAUUAUCUAUGGUAUUUUACAAUAAUUUAGAAUUAUAAAUGCUAUUUAGCAGGUGUUCUGCCAUCUUUAUUUACAAAAUUUACGACGGUUAUUCCAACAACAAUCUGAUAAAAGAAAUCGAAGAAUCUAGGAAUACUAGACAUAGUAGUCAAUGACUCAAUGUUGCACAACGUCAUGUAUAAGGGGGGGGGGGGCAUCAAACGUUCAAUGUCUGAGAGGAAACUAAAUAAAUCUAGUUUUGAGUUUGACCCCCUCCAAAACUAAAU